AUGUUCAAAAAGGAUGAUGCUCGUAGAUUGAGAGCCAAGUGUAAGGGAGAUUGUCUGUGGGUGUUGUAUGCUACAAAUGAGCAUGGUAAGGCAAGUUGGGUGAUCAAAACUUUUGUGGAGGAGCAUACUUGUCCCAUGGUAUACAAGAACUUCAGGGUGACCUCAUCCUAUUUGGCAGAUAGAUAUUUAGCUGAUUGGAGGGCUGAGCAAAACAUGUCAGUUACUGUAUUUAUGGAGAGGGUUAAGCGAGAUGGUUUAGGUGAUAUCUCAGCCUGGGCAUUGAGAGAUGGUUUUAUUCGAGGUUGCAAAAGAGUGAUUGGGGUAGAUGGCUGCUUUUUGAAGACAGAGCUUGGUGGCCAAUUGUUGACAGUAGUUGGUGUUGAUGUGAAUAAUGAUAAGCAAAAGGGAUUGACAAAUGCAAUUGAGACAUUGUUUGAGAAUUCGGAGCAUAGGACGUGUGUCAGACAUCUAUACAAUAAUUUCAGCGUCUGUCACAAGGGUUUAGCAUUGAAGAACUGUAUGCAGCCAGGGCCACUACUAUAUCACAGUAGCCACAAUUGUGGCUGCAAGAGAGAAGCCGAUCUUAACCAUGUGAAGGAUAUCAGGGUAUAUUUGAUGAGGAGAAUUGUGGCCCGUAGAGAGUCUUGUGAUAGGUGGACAACAGCAGUUGGACCUAGAAUUCAGAAGAUUUUGGACAAAAAUGGUAAACUUGCAAGGUUUGAGUGGGCUGAGUACGCAGGCAAUGAAAAGUUCCAAGUUCGCGACAAUGCCGGGAUUGUGCUACAUGCUGUGGAUUUAAGGGCACGAACUUGUACAUGCCGUCAUUGGCAAUUAUCAGGAAUUGCAUGUACCCAUGUCAUUGCCUCAGUUGUAUCUAGAGGCCUGAACGUGUUGGAGUUCGUGGAUGACAUCUAUAAGAAGGAUGCAUACAUGAGAACAUAUACGCCAUCAAUUUCUCCCAUCACAGGUUCGGACGCAUGGCCUACCCCAGGUUUGAAUCCUCUCACUCCACCAGUAUACACGAAAAGGCCUGGGAGGCCAAAGAAAAAUAGAAGAAAAGAGCCGAAUGAGGUGGCUUCUUCAAGUCAGCUGAAGAGGUCCAGUCAGUCCAAGAGAAAUGCCAAUACUUCACAAUCAACUUCAGGAACAACCAAAAGGUCAACGAAAAAGAUCGGGGCUAAUAAUGACAUUGGAUAUAAUAUAGCACUUUGGGAACCUUUUUUUAGUGUUUAUCAGGGACUUUUAAGUUGGUGUGUACCAACAGGUGGUAUAUGGAAGAAAAUAGAAAAUUCUCUCGCCAAAAUUUUUCUAAAAGUCAGGGACGUUACUCGCAAAUAUUUCUAA